AUGCUUCCUAUGGCUUGGACAAACGAGAUGGAAGGGAAGUUUCCAAAGAAAGCAUUUUUAAGGGAUCGCUACAGAAACAUAUGGCAAGUGGAACUUAGUAAUGAUCAGGACAAAACUUACUUCCAUCAGGGGUGGCCAGCAUUCACUAAACAAAAUGACUUGGAAAAGGGAGACUGUAUCAUUUUUAAGUUUGAUAGAAUUUUAGUUUUUUAUGUGAGACAAUUUGGUAUCGAUUCAUGCGACAAAAGAGGAGUUGGAAGUCUUAAAUAUAAAUUAGAGGAAGAGAAUGAACAAGAAGUACCAGAAGAUGAUAACAAGGAUGCAAGUAAUAAUGUUGAUGGGAAAGCAAUGGAAAUUGAUCAGGCUUUCAAUGCACACAAUGGUUCAGAAAAUGUCAGAGGUGGGAAUAGUGCAAAGAAAUCACAUCAUUCUUUGAAGACGAACGGACUAGUCGAUCCCUUUGGCUAUGAACUUUUCAAAUACCGAAAAGUUCCUAGACCUCGGGAUCCACAUUUCGUUGCGAUUGUGCCACAUGAAAUCAUCAAAGUUUACCAUCUUGAACUUUCAGCAGAGACCAACUUAUGUGACCCUCGAGGAAGGGAGUGGAAGACGAUUCUUAGCAUAUGGAUAGAUGGUCUUCAAUGUUACCGCACUGGAUGGAAGGAACUUUGCCAAGCAAAUCUUAUUGAACCGUACGAACCAUUCAUUUGUGAAUUUGUGAAGUGUGAUUAA